AUGCGCGGCCUCCCGCCUCGCGCCCGCGCUGACCCGUCGCUCACCGCGCCGCCCCCCUGCUCCGCUGCUACGGCCUCACCGGCCGCGUGCCCCCCCACCGCGCGACCACGCUCAGCCGCUCACCCCGCCUCGGCCGCGCCCGUGGCUGCGUCUAGCCGCGCCGUGGCCUCGCCGUCGUGUCCUACCCCGGCCGUGGCUCGCAUCCGCCCCGCUAGCCGCCCUUGCUUCACUCCCCGUCCGCCCUUACGCCGCGCCCGUCUCCAGCCGUCGCCGCCUCCUGCCACGACCCUCUGGUGCCGCCCCCCUCCACUCAGCCACGCCGGCCCCGAGCGCGACGGCCGCAUCCCGCUCGCCCGGCCUGGCCGCACCUCCUACCUCCCACUCUCCGCCUAA